AUGUCGACUGCCCUUCACAGAAUAAGUUCAGGCGUCCUUGCCGGACUACAAUUUUACGAUGAGGAAGAAACAAUUUCAGAAGGACACGAUAGAAUGAGUUCUAGAGUGCCUGAUGGAGUUCAAAUUUAUGUGGAAGAGAAGAUGUCUGAGUCCCAUUCUGGUGACUCUAUAGCUGCUACAGGAUUUGAUGAUGCUGCGACGAAAAGCCUGGUUCGGAAGCUUGAUAUACGUCUCAUCCCAAUUCUUGCUACUAUAUAUCUAGUAUGCUUUCUUGAUCGUGCCAAUGUUGGCAAUGCACGACUUGAAGGACUGGAAAAAGACCUUCACAUGACCGGCCUCGACUACAACAUCGCGUUGUCUGUAUUUUUCCCAUUUUAUAUUGCAGUCGGCGUUCCUAGCAAUAUGAUAAUCAAGAAAGUUCGUCCAAAUAUAUGGUUGACGGGAAUUGUAUUAUUUUGGUCAAUUGUUAUGGUAUGCACGGGCUUGGUGCACGACUAUGCGGGCUUUCUGGUUGCCAGAUGCUUUUUGGGCGUCGCAGAAGGUGGCUUGUAUCCAGGUGUAGUAUAUUAUAUCACCAUGUGGUAUCCUCGAAAUGAAUGUGGCUUUCGCACAGCACUAUUCUUUUCUAUGGCAACAGCAGCAGGAGCAUUUGGUGGGUUAUUCGCCCGUGGGAUUUCCGAAAUGUCUGGAGUAGGUGGUAAAGAUGGAUGGGCAUGGAUAUUCAUCGUCGAAGGGCUUCUUACCUUUUUUGUGGGGUGCAUAUCAUACUGGGCCAUCGGAGAUUACCCAAAUAAUGCAAAAUUCCUCUCGGAAACGGAGCGAAAAGAGGUUACGAGACGACUUGCGAUUGAUCGAAAUCUUCUCUCUGAUGACUGGAAUUCAAAAUUCGUCUGGCAAGCUUUGAAAGACUGGAAAAUAUAUGUCAACAUGGUGUUGAGCUUUUGCUUGUCCACGCCAGUAUAUUCAUUGUCUUUGUUCUUACCCACAAUUGUGAAAGAUAUGGGAUACACCAAUAAUGCUGCACAACUGAUGACUGUUCCUCCUUACGUCGUCGCAUGUUUCUUUACGAUCUCUGCCAGCUUUUUUGCCGACAAGAUGCAACACAGGGGUUGUUUUAUUCUAGGGUUCUUGGCUGUGGGAAUAGCUGGCUCCGCACUACUUAUCACCAGUAAUAAGACACCUGUUCAAUACACGGGCACUUUUUUUGCAGCGCUUGGUGUCUUUCCAACUCUUUCCCUUCUUACCACUUGGCUUUCAUCUAUCCGCUCCGUGGAUGGUCCUAGAUUCAUCGAAGGACAUACAAUAUUCAUCAGUCUAUUGUCUUUGGCUUUUGUUUUGACAGCUUUCAUGAUGACCUAUCACAAGAUGGAGAACGAUCGUAGGGACGCUAGAGAUGCGGAACGAGGCUUAACAGCGGAUACCUAUACCCCGGAAAUGAAGCUUCAGCAAAAAGAUGAGGGAGAUGAUGCAACGUUUGGAGAUACACCAUAUAAUAUGGGAGACGAGCUAGACCAUGAAGCUCGAGGAUUACCCCCAAGAAAUCCUGAUGGUAUCUGUAUGAUAUCAAAAGUACUAUAG